AUGACUCAGCAGGUGUUGUUGGUUCUGUUUACGGAUUUUUGGGAGGGAGCCUUGUGUUCUCUGUUGUUUGUCUUCCAGAGGCAUCCGCCUGAAGUAAAAUCCGAAAUGUCUUCUGGGAAUAACGGUUCCACGCUGAGCUCGUCAACCGAAGUAGUACGACGAGGGAAUGAUCAGAAGGUUAAUGCUCAACAGGCAGUUGCCCUCCAGUCCCCCAGCAGCCUGCGACUCCCCUUGCGUUUUCCACCCGAGGCCUUCGCUGCCCUUCGUCUGCCCGCCCACGAGAUACACCACGGCCGAAACCGCGCAGCAGUCUGCAAGACCAACGGAUGGGGGUUUAAAGAUACCUAUAUAUACUUCCUUGACAAGGCCACGCUGACAGUGACAGGCAACAGGUACCCCUUAUGCGGCCAACGGCUCCAGCACUGGCAAAGGUUUACAAACUCAAUCGAGGGGCUGGACCUCGAGGCGAAGUCCUUACCCAAGGAAGAAAUUAUCAUUAGCCCUCAGCGCCUUAUCAAGAGUGAAUUCAUCCGCGACCUCCUGUCGCAGGCUCCUGGGGUGGAAGUGUCAGAGGACGGACUAGAAAGACUUUACCACGGACAUGGCCAUACGUGCGCUGAGAUUUUCGCACUGAGAUACGGGCAGAUCGAACGCCUGCCAGAUGUAGUCCUUUUCCCCAAAUGCCACGAAGACGUGGAGGUGAUCGUCGCGUGCGCAGUUCAACACGGAGUUUGUCUAAUUCCGUUCGGCGGUGGGACUUCGGUGACGUUGGGCUUAGCAGUUCCUGAGGACGAGCAGCGGAUGGUGGCAACUGUUUCUCUGAGCUACAUGCAGAAAAUUCUUUCGCUUGACAGGGAUGCUCUCCUUCUUACUGUAGAAGCAGGAGCUGUCGGGGCGGUCCUCGAAGAACAACUUCGAAGCCUAGGGGUCACCCUUGGCCACGAGCCAGAUAGCCUGGAAUUCAGCACCGUAGGUGGAUGGGUCGCUACUCGUGCAUCAGGGAUGAAGAAGAAUGCUUACGGGAACAUAGAAGACUUGCUCAUUGACGCAGUAAUGGUAACACCACAGGGAACUCUUAAUCAGCGCCUUGCUGCCCCCCGCGUCUCAAGCGGCCCAUCUGUGCAGCAGUUGGUGCUGGGCAGUGAAGGCACACUAGGAAUCAUUACACAGGUGGUCCUUAAGGUCAAACUUCUCCCACAGGAAAAGAUCUACGGAUGUCUAGUAUUCCCAAAUUUCGAGGUUGGCGUCGCUUUUAUGAGACACGUGGCUCUCAAUAAGUUGCAACCGGCGAGUAUCCGUCUCAUGGAUAAACGCCAGACCCAGUGCGGCUCUCUUUUCAGGGCUGUCCCUCCAGGUGGCCUGGGGCUGAGAGACGCACUAACAGAUGGCAUCAAGAACUUCUACCUGAAUACGGUCAAGGGUUGGCGUGAGGAAGAUCUGUGCGCAUGUACCCUUUUAUUUGAAGGGUCAAAGGAGGAAGUGUCUUCCCAGCAGCGGAAUCUCUAUAGGGCAGCAAGGAGGUUUGGAGGCCUUCCAGCAGGCGCGAAGAACGGACAAAGGGGAUAUCAGAUGACAUUUCUGAUUGCCUACGUUCGGGACUUCAUCAUGGACCACUACUGGGUGUUCGAGUCAUUUGAAGCUUCCAUCGCAUGGCCAUUAGUCCUCAAGUGCCGAAAUUUGGUGCAUAGUUACAUAACGAGGGAAUGCAAACGUGUAGGCAUCCGACAUCCGCCCCUCGUCAUGACUCGACUGACGCAGGUCUACGACGCGGGAGCUGUCCUGUACUUUUACUUUGGAUUCAACUGGACCGGCAUGGAAGAUCCCAUGAAGGUCUAUAAACAAAUUGAAGAUGGUGCACGUAAAGUCAUAAUGGAUAUUGGGGGAAGUAUUUCACAUCACCACGGCAUAGGAAAGCUGCGCCGCGAGUUCCUGCCCAAUGCUGUUGGGGAAACAAGUGUGGCCGUGCUACGUGGAGUCAAGACGUGCCUGGACCCGAAAAAUAUAUUCGGGUGCAGAAAUCUCUUCGACGCGUGA